AUGGGGACUUCUCCCAAGAACGCCUCCGCACGAGGCCCGUCGAAGUCCCCCAAACAACCCAACAACACUCCCCCAGGUACAGAUACCGCACCGGACUCGAAAGCCGACACCACUGGCAAGCCAGACGGCCCGUCCAAUACCGAAGCCGCCAAACCCCUUGCGCCCCCUCCUCGCCCCGGUCAACAGCAGCAGCAACAAUCGAGCAAUACCCCCGACUACUUCUCGACCCAGGUUGGUGGGUCGCUCAGUCUGGAGCCCAAUCCUUUCGAACAGUCUUUCGGCGGUGGAGGGCCAGAGACGCCAGGAGGGACAAAGCUGCCUUCGGUCGCCCAUCUGACGUCGCCCUCCUCGCUCCUCCCGGGCAGCAACGCGACGCCCUUCAACUGGGGUGGAGGGUCUUUGCGCACCGGUCCGCUGAGUCCGGCUAUGCUGUCGGGGCCGGCCAACGAUUACUUCAGCGACACACACCACCUUCGCGGCGGCUUCCCGACACCCAACGAGUCGUCGUUGCGAUCGGGCCUUACACCGGGCGGCAGUGGAUCCAUGUUCCCUGCCCCCAGCCCGAACUCUCAAGCCCUCUUCGCCCAGCUGGCAAGCGGCGGCGCAACACCAAGCACCCUCGACUUUCACCGCACCGCCCUCAGCGCGGCGGCCAAGCGUGAGCAAAGCAACGGCCCACAGCCGCAGCACCAGCAGCAACAGCAACAGCCCGCAAAGACGUCGCAGCCCCAAGAUAUGCCCAACGGUACGACCACGAUUAAGACGGAGGCCAAGGCCCCUGGGCCUUUUGAUCCACACGACAAUGACGCCGCCAACGGCCUCUUCAUGCUCGCCCAAGGCGCGCAAGGUCGCAGCGGUUCCCAAAGCACCGGCCAGUUCACGGCCACAUCAGCCCCCGGCCACGCACACCCCGCCCCGGCGCCGGCGCCUCAGAUGCCUGAAGGAAACGGCGGCUCGGCCCGCGGUGGCAGCGAGGGCAGCAUGAUGUCAGAAGAGCCCGAGCCGGCGAAGCCUAGCACGCGGGGCAAGGGCAAGAAGAACAACACAACGACAACCAAUGGCCGAAGGAAAGCGGACGAUGCCCCUGCCAAGGCGCCCCCUGCCAAGAAGGCCAAGGGUAACGCCAUCGCGUACAGCGGCAGCGUUGAGCCGUCAGACGAUGACGAAGAUGACGAAGACAAGUUUAAAACCGAUGAAAACGGCACUAAGACCAAAAUGACGGACGAAGAAAAGCGAAAGAACUUUCUAGAGCGGAAUCGCGUUGCCGCUCUCAAGUGUCGUCAGCGUAAGAAGCAGUGGCUGGCGAACCUUCAAACCAAGGUCGAGAUGUUUAGCUCGGAGAACGACGCCCUCACAGCGCAAAUCACGCAGCUGCGAGAGGAAGUCGUCAACCUCAAAACUCUCCUCCUUGCUCAUAAAGACUGCCCAGUCACUCAACAGCAGGGUCUUCACGGAGCCUUCAUGUCACAGGUUGUCGAGCCAUUCAACGCGCAGAUGAACCCGUAUGGCAUGGCCGGCCCGAUGCCCAAUCAGCAGCAGGUGAUGGCUGGCCAGGGGGUUGACCGCCGAUUCUCUUAG